UCAUGUGCCUUAUGUGUUAAUCCAGUUCUGUUUACAAGCUUUUCGUCAUGUAAUAUUGAUUAAUGAAUUACAAUUUUUUCUCUGAGAUCCUCUCGCUUGUGGCUCAGGGGUAAAUCGAAGGAUUUGACCGCUAAAAUUGGGGUUUGAUCCCUAUGGCAAGCACAGCACAAAUAGCCCAUUGUGCAUAACAACUAACAAAAAAAUAACAUUUUACAUCGAUAUAGUUUCAAUUUAUAGGUAACUCUGAUAACGAAAAAAAUAUUUUAUGAAUAAACAAUAUAAUCACCUAGGACAGAGGCGUAGCGGUAAUUAUCUAAGAGAUGGACGAUCAUUUACUCGCUUUGAAAGUGAUGAGGCUUACUAGGCCUUCAUUAUAUGCAACCUUACCAGUUACAAAUGACUCGCAUGACUUACCUGGAAACCUUUUUAAUGAAGAAAUUUGUGCUGAUCUUGGAACACCUAAAGGAUUAGAAAACUUUAGUCUAGGAAAUUUACUAAUGCUUCCUCAGAGCUUUGGGAAUAUUUAUCUUGGAGAGACAUUUUCCUGUUACAUUAGUGUCCACAAUGAUAGUAAUCAGACUGUGCGAGAUGUUUCAGUGACCGCUGAUCUGCAGACUGGGACUCAAAAAAUACCAUUGAUGUGUCAAAGUGGAGAGAACAUUGUAGCUGAACUUAUGUCAGAUUCAAGUGUGGAUGAUGUCAUACAUCAUGAGGUUAAAGAAAUUGGUUCUCACAUAUUGGUGUGCUCUGUGAGCUAUACUAAAGAAAAUGGUGAAAAACUUCACUUUAGAAAGUUUUUUAAAUUUCAGGUGUCAAAGCCACUUGAUGUGAAGACUAAGUUUUACAAUGCAGAGGAUUAUCUUUCCGAUGAAGUUUACCUAGAAGCCCAGCUCCAGAAUAUUACCUCUAUUCCUAUUUGUUUGGAACGGGUCUCAUUAGAACCAUCUCAGAAUUUCAUUGCUCGUCAGCUAAAUAUGUUAGAUAAUGGUUGUAGCCUAGUGUUUGGUGAAGUGAAUUGCCUCAAUCCAUUGGAUAGCCGUCAGUAUCUCUUCUGCUUGACUCCUAGGGCAGAAAGUGAAGGAGAUAAAAAGCUAUUGAAAGGUGUCACCAGCAUUGGCAAACUUGAUAUAGUGUGGAGAUCAAGCAUGGGUGAGAGAGGUCGGCUUCAGACGUCUCAGUUGGAAAGAAUGGCUCCAGGCUAUGGGGAUAUUAGACUAGUAAUCGAAGAAAUACCAAGUAUGGUCACCCUGGAGAAGGCCUUUCUCAUUGGAUGUCGAGUAUGGAAUUCUUGUGAGCGCACAAUGGACCUUGUCCUUACGUUGGACAAUAAGAUUAGCCAGGGAUUGUGGUGGCAGGGAAUAUCAGGCCGUGGGUUAGGAAAGCUCGAUCCUGGUGCUAGUGUUGAACUAAACCUGACAGCUCUACCAGUUAGAACUGGUGUUCAGGUGGUGUCUGGGAUCAGACUGACUGAUGUUUUCUUGAAACGAAUGUAUGAUUAUGAUGACAUUGCCCAAGUGUUUGUAAACUCAGAUGAAAUUCCAACAUAAAUCUUCUUGCUUAGUUACUAGACAUAUUACUGGUGGUAAUGUUUGUUGAGUAUGUAAAUAAAUAUCUAAAUGUAAUUUUUGUGUCUAAAAAUAAAUUUGAAAUCUUGUGUCUUUAAGUUUCAGUAGUAUAAUUAAUAAUAUGAAUUUAAAAUCAUAUUAGUAUGCUAUUAUGCAGUAUUACUGAUGUGAAAAUAUCAAAAAGAGAGAUAUUUAGUUAGUGUGGAUUUCUUGUUACAUGUAGCUGUACAGACAGAAAGUAACUUUUGUACAUUGUUCACGUCAUUAUCUAAGAUAAUAAAGAUUAAGUUAUGAACAGA